AUGGUUGUGUACAUUUUAACACAACUAAGAGACGAGUACAGGUCUAUCGUCUCUGCGGUUCGUAUCCGUGACAAGCCCAUUUCUUUGGGAGAAUUAGCCGAUGUCCUCACGGAUCAUGAACGUCAGUUGGCUGAAGCUGAUGAUGCUCGCCAAUCUCUACUGGCUACUGCUAAUGCCACCCAACGUGGUCCUUCGGCUUCCAGAAUUCAGCAUUCCAACGCCAAUCGGAGGUCCCGCAACAACAACAACAUCACGCACGGAAAUACUAGACCAAAUUGGUCACACAACAGCAACACCCGACCUGGUGUUGUGUGUCAGUUUUGUAACCCUGCUAGCCAUGAAACUCGUAUUUGCCGUAAGUUAGCCCUAUUUUUAAAGGACCAUAACGUGUUUCCCAUGCAGGCACCUUCAUUUUCUCAGUCUCAGUCACCUACAACUAAUUCUACCGUGAGAUCGACUACGUCGUGGCUGUUUGACAGCGGGGCAUCUCACCAUGCCACACCGGAUAUGACUCCUCUGCAGACUUUUACUGAGUAUAAUGGUCUUGAUGGAAUACGCUUGGGCGAUGGAUCUUCGAACGGGGAUAUCACUACUACGGGGAGCGAACAUUGA